AUCCCGCCUCUGUCACUUCCACCAGCGCUGUCUCCAUGGCCAUUUGCAAGCGCUUUUCCUCGUGCCCAAGCGCACCGCCUUCAGGGCCCCACACUUGCUCGGCCAGGCCCCUUUCACAGCUCCCAGCCCCCUCCCCGGGCUGGAAGGUGACAACCGCGAGAAGAGGGUGACUCUCCGCGGCGGGGGCUUCGGGUGACAUCACAUCCUCUAAGUUCGACCUCGGGCCCGCAGCCGGCCCAAGGGUGCAACUUUCCCACUCCGCGUGCCCUGGUUCCCGGGCGCGGACCCUCGCGCUUGCUUCAGGCUUGGCCCUCGCGGAGCAGCGCACGCCAUGGCCCCGCGGGCGAGCGCCUGGCUGCUGCUGCAGGUGGCCCUGCUGCUCGACGCCUCCGAGGCCCAAGGGAAGAACAACUUCCGAAUGUCGCCCCCGUCGCUGGUGGCGCGGGUCGGCAACAAGGUGACCCUUCGCUGCGAGGUGCUGUUGCCCAACGCACCGCAGAGCUGCUCCUGGCUCUUCCAGCCCCGCGACGUCGCCAGGAGUCCUACCUUCCUCCUGUACCAGUCGGGGCCCCGCACCAAGCUGGCCCCAGGCUUGGACCAGAAGCAGAGUCGAUUCAGCGGCUCGAAGAGCGGUAACACCUACACCCUCACUCUGAACGGCUUCCAACAGCAGGAUGAAGGCUACUAUUUCUGCUCGGUCUCCACCAACAUGAUGCUGUACUUCAGCCCCUUCCUUCCCGUCCGUCUGCCAGACCCUCCCACCACGACGCCCCCUCCGCCUCCCCCAACGCAGGCGCCCAGCGCGCUGUCCCCGUCCCAGAGCCCCGAGACUUGUGUGCUCUCCAAGGGCGGCACAGCAGUCUGGAGUUGGCUGGAUCUCGCCUGCGAGGUCUACAUCUGGGCGCCCCUGGCUGGCACAUGCGCGGUCCUUCUGCUGUCACUGGUCAUCACUAUCAUCUGCCACUGCAGGAACAAGCAGCGCGUUUGCAAAUGUGCUAGGCCCCAAGUCAGAUCUGGAGGCAAGCCGACCCCUGCAGGGAAAGUCAUCUAACAUGGCGCCCGGCCUGUCCGACAGCCACUACAUGACUGCAUACUGAGAUCGUUCCUUGGACAGCAAGUGCUUCUCCUUUGGGUUUUCCAGUCUUUCUUCCUAUGUAUUCAUUCUCAUUAUUAUUUCAGUGGUGGGGGGGGAUGGUGUUACUCUUUCUUCAUGUUAUUUGACAAAAAACCACCAUGCAGUGUCUGCAGUUCACAAGGGUCACAGUACCCUCGCACAUACCUAGUGGGGAAAGGGUAGGAAGCAAGGUUCUGAGAGGCUGGAAUCCACUCCCUUCCACUCGAGUGUGGGCAGCACCCUACAGCUAUCCCUCCCUCGUCAUUCCCGCUACCCACUUGAGCUCAAGUCCCACCCUGAGCAUUCUAUAUAAACCCAGGCCAAAGUGCAUGCAGCCCCUUUUGGAACCUGAAAGCCGGAUUUAUCAGCAUUUAUCAGCACAUAUGACAGUGUUCUUUUCUGUCAUCCAUUUCUGUCCAUGACCUUUAAUAAAUGUAGCUGCUUUCCCCCCACGAUCAAA